GACAGGAUCUUUGUUCCCCUGCAUCACUGAUCACAGGUGGCCUUUGCAUGAAGAGAAAACGCACAACGAUGCAGAAUUGCACUUGAAAUUGUGAGUAAAUGAAGACAUUCUGGAUAAACUGAGGGCGUGUUUUGUGCUCAAGGUCACCGCCGGUCAUGUCGGACAACGAGGAGGCGGUGGAGGAGUAUGACGAGGAGGUGGAAGAGGAGGAAGAGGAGGUAGAGGAAGGCCAAGCAGACGAGGAGGAGGAGGAGGAGGAGGAAGACAAACCCGCUGGAGAAGAGGAGGAGGACCAGGAGGCCGGCGAAGAGGAAGAUGGCGACGCGGAAGCAGAGGAAGGAGAAGAGGAAAGCAAACCAAAGUUCAAGCCGUUUAUGAUGCCCAACCUCAUCCCGCCCAAGAUUCCCGAUGGGGAGAAGGUUGAUUUUGACGACAUCCAUCGCAAACGGAUGGAGAAAGACCUGAUGGAGCUUCAAACGUUGAUCGAGGUCCAUUUUGAGAGCAGGAAGAAGGAAGAAGACGAGCUCAUUAAUCUCAAGGAGAGGAUAGAGAGGCGCCGCUCCGAGCGAGCGGAGCAGCAAAGAAUCCGCAGCGAGCGAGAGAAGGAACGACAGAAACGUUUGGAGGAGGAGCGCUCUCGCAAAGAGGAGGAGGAGGCCAAGAAGAGAGCGGAAGAAGACGCCAAGAAGAAGAAGACGCUGACCAGUCUGCACUUUGGAGGCUACAUGCAGAAACUGACAGAAAAGCGCAGUGGCAAGAAGCAGACGGAGAGGGAGAAAAAGAAGAAGAUCCUGAGUGAACGACGAAAAUCUCUGGAUGUUGACAACCUCGACCAGGAGCAACUCAAAGCGAAAGCGAAGGAGCUGUGGGAGUGGAUGCAACAGCUGGAAGCCGACAAGUUCGAGCUGCAGCACCAGAUCACCAGCAAAAAAUAUGAGAUCAACGUCCUGAGGAACCGCGUCAGUGACCAUCAGAAAACGUCCAAGAGGACCAAGAGGGGCCUGAGGAAAUAGAUGCCGUCUUGCAGCAAUCGACAAAACUCAAACCAACCCUCACUCCCAACCCUUUCUAUAUGAAAAAUCAUAUCACUGUCACACACACACGCUGCAUAGUAGUACUGGAUUUAUGGAUGUAAAUGAAUGAAAAGCAUUUCAAAUUUG